GAGAGAGAGAGAGAGAGAGAGAGAGAGACGAUGGGCAGGGCUCCUUGCUGUGACAAGGUGGGCUUGAAGAAGGGAGCAUGGAGUGCGGAGGAGGACAAGAUUCUGGUCGACUACAUCCAGCAACAUGGCCAUGGAAACUGGCGAGUGAUGCCGAAGAGAGCCGGGCUGUUGCGAUGUGGGAAGAGCUGCAGACUGAGAUGGACCAACUAUCUCAGGCCGGACAUCAAACGAGGAAACUUCACCAAGGAGGAAGAAGAUACCAUCAUUAGCCUGCAUGGGGAGCUUGGGAACAAAUGGUCUGCGAUUGCAGGAAGCUUGCCGGGCCGAACGGACAACGAGAUCAAGAACGUGUGGCACACCCACUUGAAGAAGCGCAUGGAUCCCAAGGAAGCGACGCGUGCGCCCAAGAGGGAGAGGAAGAGGAAGAAGAAACGUGACGCCAAGGACAAGCUGGAACCGGAGCAAGAAAACCAGCGGCCGGACGCAGACGCAGCUCGUCGUAGUCCGAGACGCGAUGACGCAGGGCUCGUCGAAGUGUCACUGGAACAGUCCUACAGCGGCUUCUCGUCCGCCGCCACUGACUCGUCCGUGAUGUCGGGAGACGCUACCGUGGACGCCAAGGACGAGAGCUUCACCUCCAAGGAACUCAAAGAGAUCGACGAGAGCUUUUGGCUGGACGCGUUCGCCGUCGAUGGUUCAUUGCAACUCCCUCCUGCAGCAGUUGCAGACAGUGCGGCCUUCAGCGACGACAUGGAGUUCUGGCUGAAGGUGUUCAUGGAAGCUGAUCAUUUAGAGGACCCGUCGCAGAUGAAUCCCGCGAAUGUCCAUCUGAACUAACAUCGAUUCUUCCGGUGUUGUAGAUUGCUCGAUUGCCAAACGUGUGUAGUGAAAAUAGCCAUUGAAGAUUAGACUUGAUGAAGGAUUGGAAAUAGGAAUAAGACACUGUAAAAUAUUAUGAGAACUGACACUUACCUUCUUAUUGCCACAAA